UUUCCCCCCAGCUUUUCACCCGCACGUGAAGGCAUCACGAUGUGGGAAGUCUGUAUUCCUCAACUAGCGUCUGUGCGGCCAUGGUAACACCGAGCCCCGUUCAAUGCUUUAAAACGGACAGAAAACCCGCCUCAGCAAACAUUAUUCAUGAAGCUACAAACCAACAUCAUGAACUUGUCCGAAAUCUGUGACAACGCCAAAAAGGCUCGGGAGUACGCCCUGCUGGGGAACUAUGACUCCUCUGUGGUGUACUAUCAGGGCGUCCUGCAGCAGAUCCACAAGCACUGCCAGUCCCUCAGAGACCCCGCUCUCAAAGUCAAGUGGCACCAGGUGAAGCAGGUACUAGCCGAGGAGUGUGAGCAGGUGAAGGGCAUCAUGGGAACUCUGGAUAAGUUCAAGUCUGAAAAGCCGACGGACGUCUUUGUUCCUCAUCCAGAGGACCUCCCAGAGGAUCCUACAGUGUGGCCUCCCCCCAUCCCUGCAGAGCACAGGAAUCCUGUUGUAGUGAAGCGGCCCACCAGUGCAGCGAAGCAGCAGCGGAAGGACUCUCCCGGUUUGCAACGAGGUGCGGCGCCGGGCGGGCGCGGUCCGACCAACCCUAAAGCCGAGCAGCCGGCGAGCAAAGAAGCUCGCAGCUCAAAAGCCAAAGAGAACAAGGGCAAAAAGGCAGACGCGCCAGGAGACGUGGAACAAAAGAGGUUUGAUGGAGCGGGAUAUGACAGCAACUUAGUGGAGUCGCUGGAGCGGGACAUAGUGUCCCGUAACCCCAACAUACACUGGGAGGACAUUGCUGAUCUUGAAGAUGCUAAGAAGCUCCUGAGGGAGGCGGUGGUGUUGCCCAUGUGGAUGCCUGACUUCUUUAAAGGGAUUCGCCGACCUUGGAAGGGUGUGUUAAUGGUAGGACCACCGGGAACUGGGAAGACCAUGCUAGCCAAGGCUGUAGCCACAGAGUGCGGGACGACUUUCUUCAACGUUUCCUCCUCCACCCUCACCUCCAAAUACAGGGGCGAGUCUGAAAAACUUGUCCGACUGUUGUUUGAAAUGGCCAGGUUUUAUGCUCCAGCAACCAUCUUCAUAGAUGAGAUCGACUCCAUCUGUGGCAGGAGAGGAACAUCGGAUGAGCACGAAGCCAGUCGCCGGGUCAAAUCAGAACUUCUGGUUCAGAUGGACGGAGUGGGAGGAGCCCAGGAGAAUGAUGACCCUUCCAAAAUGGUGAUGGUCCUAGCUGCUACUAACUUCCCCUGGGAUAUUGAUGAGGCGUUACGGAGGCGACUGGAGAAACGCAUCUACAUCCCCCUGCCAACAGCUGUGGGCCGCGCUGAGCUUUUAAAGAUCAACCUGAAAGAGGUGGAGCUGGCUCCCGAUGUGGAACUGGACCUCAUCGCCCAGAAGAUCGAGGGCUACUCAGGAGCAGACAUCACCAACGUCUGCAGAGAUGCUGCCAUGAUGGCCAUGCGGCGCCGCAUCCACGGCCUGAGUCCCGAGGAGAUACGAGCCCUGUCCAAAGACGAGCUGCAGAUGCCCGUCACCAUGGAGGACUUUAACGAAACUCUCAAGAAGAUCUCAAAGUCGGUUUCUGCUGCAGACCUGGAAAAAUACGAAGCUUGGAUGGCCGAGUUUGGGUCAGUUUAGUAAAACUGGUGAAAGGGAGUUAGCAUGCGAGCAGGAAGACUGGUCAUUCCUUUUCUGCAUGUGGAGGUGUUAAUCAUCCCUUCGUUGGCCCACACAUCAACGAAGAAUAUCUGGCAUUAAAAGACUCUCAGGCUGAUACUUAAAUGUUAUGUUUUCCUUUUGCGUGGUACGAUGAACAUUCAGAAGCAUUAGGAUAAUCGUCCUCUGUAAACAGCAGCACUGGAACAUUCCUGUUUCUGCCUCAUACAUGGAGUAUAACACUGUAGCAAAUGUAGAUGUAAUGUCAGACUAUGCAUUAUUUUAAAAGCACCUGUCAGAAAUGAAUGUAUUUUCUUAACUAUCUAACACACUUGAAUUUUAGCGCUGUGUCUGUCAUUAUAACGAAAUGCUUUUGUUGGUGUUAACAUUUCCUUUUGUUUUUAGUGCUGUUGGUGUGACCAACAUGUGAGUACGUUCCCCCAGACAUGUGAACUUGUUAAAUAAACCUUUUAAUACUAA